UCUCUCGUCGCGCGAUGCUAUAUAAAUAAUACUUCGCGCUAAGUCAGAUCAGUCGACUUGCGGCGGCCGUACCUGUCACAAUAAUGCAACGCACCUUUAGAGAUUAAAAUUCUCCCCGAGUUUAAAUUCGAUUUUUUCUGUGCGUUCUUUUAAAUAUUAUCCGCUCUCUCUUCCAGUUCCCAGUCGAGCUCUUCCCGCCUCUGUCUAAUUCCUUAUUUCACCUGGUGAAUCUUCACAUCCCUGUCAUAUGCCAGAGGAUCCUUCGGCGAGAACUUCAACUAUUUAUAUAUUGUGAUCCAUUCCUCAGGAUGUCGCAUGACAAUCUAGGAUUUACAUCGAGCACGGUUGCUUUGCAAGAUUUCAAGAAAUCUUUCUCAUCCAAGGGACAAAAUGGUUACGGAUCGGGUGAAAAACGUGACAGCGUUUACUCUUUGGAACUCGAAGAAAAGAAAUGUGUAGACGAGCAAGAUAACGAUUAUGAUCCAUAUGAGUAUAGAGUAGUGGAGCAUCCGACUACGAACGCGGAGACGUUGCUUCAUUUGUUGAAAGGCAGUUUAGGCACCGGAAUUCUCGCGAUGCCGAAAGCUUUCUACAAUGCCGGAUACAUUAUCGGUCUGAUAGCCACGGUCGUCAUAGGACUACUUUGUACAUACUGUAUGCGAAUACUCGUACUUUCGGAGUACGAAUUAUGCAAGAGACGAAGGACUCCGUCUAUGACAUAUCCAGCAACCGCGGAAGCUGCUCUGCAGGAAGGGCCAGCGUUCCUCAGGCCGUUUUCCAAAGCCUCAAUACACAUAAUAAACACCUUCCUGAUGAUAUACCAGAUGGGCACUUGUUGCGUCUACAUCGUUUUCAUAUCCAGCAAUCUACAAUCGGGAUUGAGCUCGUUUGUUACAAUGGAAUUGGAGAUAUAUAUGGCGAUUGUACUGGUACCUCUAAUCCUCGUUAAUUACAUCAGGAAUCUCAAAUUCCUGGCACCGUGCUCGACAAUCGCGAACAUCAUUAUGUUCACCGGAUUCGCGAUCAUACUUUACUACAUUUUCCGAGAGCCGUUGACAUUCGAGAAUCGCGUGACAGUUGGAGAGGUCAAGAACUUUCCGCUCUUUUUCGGCACCGUCCUGUUCGCUCUUGAAUCCAUCGGCGUAAUUAUGCCGCUGGAAAACGAGAUGAAAACCCCGAGAUCUUUCAUGAAGCCGUGCGGCGUGCUCAAUAUCGCUAUGGGUAUCAUAGUCGUGAUGUACACCGCCUUGGGAUUCUUCGGAUACAUACGUUUCGGUAGUAAAAUCACUGGUAGUAUCACACUUAAUUUACCCACCCAGGAGGACCUGGGAAUUGCGGUGCAAAUCCUUCUCGCCAUCGCUAUCUUCUUCACGCAUCCUAUCCAGUGUUACGUCGCUAUCGAUAUCUCAUGGAACGAGUACAUCAGUCCCUUCCUCGAGAAGUAUCGUUACAAGCUGGUUUGGGAGUACGUGGUCAGGACUGUCAUCAUUUUGAUUACCUUCGGUCUAGCAAUCGCGAUCCCGGAGUUGGAUCUCUUCAUAUCCCUAUUCGGUGCGUUCUGUCUGUCGGGCCUGGGACUGGCGUUUCCGGCGCUCAUACAGAUCUGCGCGUUCUGGAAGGUGAUGGGACCCACGGAGAAGAAGAUCAUGCUGGCGAAGAACAUUUGUCUGAUACUGAUCGGUGUAUUAGGUCUGGUCGUGGGCACCUACACGAGUUUACGUGACAUCAUCGCCAAGUUCUCGUGAGCUGCCAGCGAACUCAAUAAACGGUGCAAUAAAAUUGCCGAGAACGGAAGCGGGGAAAGGGUAGCGAGAGGUAGAAGAACAGUCGAGCAGGAAGGUGUUCUCGUAUGCGAGAGAAACGACGAUGUGAUAUACAAGUAGUUUGAAGUCGCUAGACUAAGCGUAUCUAUAAAUAGUGGCGCAUUUAGAGGCUUCUGCCGAGAGGGACCGAAAUAACGUUAACGUGUUACGUAUUACGGCUCCAACCGUAACUUCGGUUCUUCCAUCGGAGGACGGGAUGAAGUUCCUGAGUGCAUCUGUGCCGGUUCUGCACGUUUCAAUGAAUUACGCAAGUACUGCGCGAGUAGGACUUAGAACAACGAGAAGACAAACGAUCGAAUCCUCGAAAUGUUAGAUGUCAGUAUUAGAUAUCAGCGCGAGAUGUGUAAAGAGGUUUUAUUGUAUUAUAAAUUAUAAAUAAAAGUAAUUCUAUUUUCACAUA